AUGGCGGAUUCCCGGGAUGCUCAACGUCCUCAGUACCCUCCUCCGGAUGAGGCAAUCCAAGGUGGCUACUAUUCACAACACUCUCCUCAGCGUCCGGCCGCGAGAGAUGACCGCAGCCCAUAUCCUCCACCAGAUGCGGUGAGGCAGCAGUAUCCGGAUCCAAGGGCAGCUCAUCCAUACCCUCCUCCCCAAGCGUGGCCAGGUCAGCACAGUGCUUAUCCUCAUUAUCCAGAUCCUGCGCACCCAACGUAUGCAUAUCCUCCGAGGCCUGAUCUGGGACAACCCCCGCCACCAAUGCAACCGGAUGCGUACCGCCUUCCACCAGUGUAUGCGCAUCCACACGCAGGGUACUAUGCCUCUCCCUACCCCCCACCGGCGCCUGCUGCUGCACCCCGACAACGUACGGCCAUAGCCUGUAAAUAUUGCCGAAAGAGAAAGAUUCGGUGCUCAGGCUACGACAGUUCUCCCGAUGGCCGCUGCCAAAACUGCGUCCGGUUCAACCAGCAGUGCCUGUUCCAUCCCGUCUCAUCUCAAGCCGCUUUUGUUCCAGCCAACGCUGUAUAUGGACCAAAUGCUGCUCGGGCUCCCAUUGCUGGCCAGUCUGAUGGUCGAGCCGGCCAAAAUGGACAACAUUACCCCCGGGAUGGCGACCCGCCGCCAAUGCUCUAUGGUGCCCAUGGUCAACCUCUAGGACCCGCAGGACCUCAUGGUCAACCUCAGUACAACUAUCCGCCGCCGCCGCCACCACCACCACCACAUAGUUAUCCUCCGGGACCUUAUCCCUACUCCUACCCUCCUGCUGGACCACCGUAUGACGCACAGGGGCAGGCUCAAGCUGCUCAGCAUGAUGAACGUGUCAGUCUCAAACGUCCCCCUCCUGAUGAUGACCCCCACAACGAGAAUUCUCAUGCGUCCCAGUCUCCCCAUCCCAACUCGCGUGCGCGCAAUAGUACAUAUGAGUCGCGCCAAAACAGCAGUGGCAGCUAUGAUUACGCUGAUCCUAACAGCGGUGCGCCCACCUCGCCCGCUACGUCGACUAUGAGCUAUCAAUCCUUUCCUCCACAGCAGUCUCGCUAUCCCAACGGCAAUCAGUCUCAGAAGGGCAACGUGUCUCCGUCAGGUCUGACCCCGCAGUCGGCGCAGAGUUACAAUUCACCCCAUCACGGUCCUGGCUAUGAUGACGGGAGAACUCCACCCCCCAAUCAACCUGGUUCGGCAGGGUCCUCUACUAACGGUAGAAGUGGCAUGAAAGUGCAUGAUAUGAUCGAUCAUACUCGGGCAUCGGCUCCGGACUUACGAGGCAAGAACGACAACGACAUGUUGAACAAGCUCGACGGCAAGAAAUAG